GCUGGGCAGCUUGAGGUUCCGCAGGCAGCUGACAGUGGCGGCACCGGUUCGGCCAUGGCGGCGCUGAGCUUGCGGCAGCGUUUCGACCGGUUCCUGCAUGAGAAGAACUGCGUCACGGCCCUGCUGGAGCGCGUUGAGGCCCGUACCGGCGUCAGCCGCACCUACCUCGCCCUCGGCGUGGCGGGUGCGCUGGCCGUCUACCUGGUCAUCGGCUACGGGGCCUCGCUGCUCUGCAACCUCAUUGGCUUCGCCUACCCCGCCUACGUCUCAAUCAAGGCAAUUGAAAGCCCCAACAAAGAUGAUGACACACAGUGGCUGACUUACUGGGUUGUUUAUGGAGUCUUCAGCAUUGCAGAAUUCUUCUCUGAUAUCUUUCUGUCUUGGUUCCCUUUUUACUACAUGCUGAAGUGCGGUUUUCUGGUGUGGUGCAUGGCUCCAAGCCCUUCCAAUGGAGCAGAGUUCCUCUACCAUCGAAUUAUCCGCCCUUUCUUCCUGAAGCAUGAGGCUCAGCUGGAUGACGUUGUAAAAGAUCUGAAAGACAAAGCUGCAGAAACUGCUGAUACCAUCACUAGGGAAGCCAAGAAAGCUACAGUGAAUUUACUGGGUGAGGAGAAGAAGAGUACUUAAAACAGUUAACUGGAUGAAGAAAGUUUCCCUCCCCCUCCCCCAUCACCUCCUUUAUAAAGCUUGAUGUUACUGGGGACUAUGGUAUAAUUUUAACAAUGUUGCCUUGGAAACAUUUUUGAUAUAUUAGGGGAAUGUGUUGUAAGUUUUGCUUACUACUUUGCUGUUGUCUGUAUAAAAAGUGAGCAUUUUUAUUUAAAUGCAGUGCAGUGAGCAGCAUCUAAAGCUUAUUGAAAAUAUUUUAUUAGUCACUGUGAAGAGGAAGAUCUUUCAGUAGCUUCCUCUUGCAGUAAACAUAAAUAAAAUUAUAUAUCCCACAGGCUCUGCAACUCAGUUUUUCUUUAUGCAUGCAUUCUCUGUAGUUCUGUUAAUAUUUUAACUGUGGUUCUUCCUGUAAUGUACAACCCUUGUAUGGAAAAAAUGUUCCGAAUGCAUUUCCAUGCAUAUAUUUACAUAUACAAGGACUAGUUAUCAAAAGAAAGUGUUUUAUGAUACCUCCCCACUAAUGAAGUGAUUUAAGCUGAGUGCAGUAGGCACCUGGUCACAGAGAUUCUGUGUUGCACAUGUGUGUGUUCUUAAAUGAGUAGAGGUUACACACAGAAAAAAAGUACUUUGGUGCCAGUGACCAAAUUUAUACUGGUGUGAAGUUAUUUGCCAGAAAUGGAUGCACUGAAUUGCUUGUCUAAGGUGAGUAAAGCCUACUCCCUUCCUUGUUUAGUUAAAUGCAGCAGGCAUCUAAAACUAAGAAUGGAGUGCCUUAUAAAUAAAUUGACUCAGAAGAAAGGCAGAGGUACCUUUCACUGAAAAUUAACUAAAAACCCCUGCUGAAGAGUUUUACAGCUGGCACUAAUUAUGGGGACUGACUCUUGCCUUACCAUUGUUCCCAUCAGCACCUUUCUCCAUUAAUUUUCCUUGCUGUACAUGUUGGCUGCAUACAGGGAUGUUGCUCCUCCCAAGCUUUGUAAGGGAAUGCAGUCCCUCUUGUAGGGAGUAGUAGAGUUGUCUGGGUUGCUUGAUUUGACAGGACUGAGAACAUGACCAGACUUAGAAGGAAGAAAAAUUACAAUUCAUUAAGCAGAAUCUGAUCCCAUGAUCUUGAGCAUACAUGUACCAUGGUACCUUCAUUGCUGAACUUUUUUUCAUAGCAGUCUCAUGCUGCUUCAAAAAAUACUGCAGUCAUCAAGUUUGUUACCUUCCCCACUGACACUUCCUUGGUGUUCCAUGUUUUAAUUAUAAACAAGGAAAAGUGAAAUGUUUGAUAUUUGUGGGUCAGUCUACAUACCAAAG